CUGCAAAAUUCACGUCAUCGACUCAUAUGUUUAGUGUUUUGAAAAGUAGGAAAAAUAUUAUUUGUCCACGUAUUAGGAACACUCGAUUUGAAUAAGUAAUUCAGGAUUUUGGUCGAUUUGUCCUGGAUUUAUCCGUGAAAGUUGUAAAACAUGGCUGGAAUCCGCGAGAAGCAGAUAGCCACCCUGAGGCAAAUGCUGAAUUUAAACCAGCCCAUUUCAAAGUCGACCGUAAAUGAGCCUACGUGGAAAAUUUUGAUCUACGACAGGUUUGGCCAGGACAUAAUUUCUCCUCUAAUUUCGGUUCGAGAACUAAGAGAGCUAGGCGUAACCCUUCAUGUCCAACUUCAUUCUGAUCGAGACCCGAUUCCUGACGUCCCUGCUGUUUAUUUUUGCAUGCCUUCAGAAGAAAACCUGGGCCGGAUCGGCCAAGACUUGCAAAAUGGACUGUAUGACACCUACCACCUGAACUUUAUUUCCCCUAUUUCGAGGCAGAGACUGGAAGACUUGGCCGCGGCAGCCCUCCACGCAAACUGUGUCACAAGUGUCCAUAAAGUUUUUGAUCAGUAUCUCAACUUCAUUUCCUUAGAAGAUGACAUGUUCAUUUUGAAGCACCAAAACAGCGAUGCCAUUUCCUACUAUUCAAUAAACAAGGGGGAAAUGAAGGACACAGACAUGGAUGCAAUAAUGGACAACAUCGUGGACAGCUUGUUUUGCGUCUUUGCAACCUUGGGCGCCGUCCCUAUAAUUAGGAGUCCAAGAGGCAACGCAGCCGAGAUGGUUGCUGAAAAACUGGAUAAAAAGCUGAGAGAGAACUUGCGGGACACUAGAAACAGCUUGUUUAUCAUGGAAGCCGGUCAGGCUUCGCACUACAGUUUUCAGAGACCUCUCCUCAUCGUGUUGGACCGAAAUGUGGACAUGGCCACCCCGCUGCACCACACCUGGACAUACCAAGCGCUCGCACACGAUGUGUUAGACCUGUCACUUAACAGGGUGGUGGUCGAAGAGAACGCCGGAAGGUCGCCUAGUGGCGGUACCAAAGUGAAAACCAGAGCAUGCGAUUUGGACGCCACUGACAAGUUUUGGAUUGGCCACAAGGGCAGUCCUUUCCCAACUGUCGUUGAAGCAAUUCAAGUAGAGCUUGAGGAGUACAAAUCUUCAGAGGAGGAGGUCAAGAAGCUGAAAGCUUCCAUGGGCCUUGAUAAUGACAGUGAUGCUGCAAUCAUGAUGUCGGAUAAUACAGCAAAGUUAACAAGCGCAGUCAACACAUUACCGCAGCUGCUUGAAAAGAAACGGCUCAUUGACAUGCACACAACAAUCGCCACAGCAAUCCUAAAUCACAUCAAGGCAAGAAAAUUGGACACAUUUUUCGAAGUAGAGGAAAAGGUCAUGGGGAAGGUAGCCCUGGACAAAGGCAUCAUGGAAAUUAUCACAGACAAUGACUCCAGCACACCAGAAGACAAAAUGAGACUGUUUAUCAUUUACUACAUCUGCUCACUCAACAUGUCAGAGGUCGAAUUAGACAGAUUUUCCUCUGCGCUGCAAAACGCAGGCUGCGACUUGGCGCCAUUAGCUUACAUCCGGCGGUGGAAGCAGUAUACCAGAGUGACAACCAACGCUACCAGCCAGUACAUGGGCAGCGGCACCAAAACAGUUUUCUCAAAACUCGUGUCUCAGGGCUCUGCGUUUGUCAUGGAGGGUGUCAAGAAUUUGGUUGUGAAGAAACAUAAUUUGCCCGUCACACGGAUAGUGGACGAGCUGAUGGAGCUGAAGAGUUCGCCAGAAACUGAAGAUUACCGGCACUUUGACCCAAAACAGUUGCGGCAAGUUGAUGGAGCGCAGCAGCCGAGAAGCAGAGCACCAUUCCAUGACGCAAUUGUCUUUGUCGUUGGGGGAGGAAACUACAUUGAGUACCAAAACUUAGUUGACUAUGCGAAGAGCAAAGGUGUGCAAGGUAGCAAAAGGGUGAUUUAUGGAGCAACGUCUCUCAACAAUGCUAAACAGUUCCUCAAGCAGCUUUCUUUGUUGGGACAAGAAAUUCACUGAUUUCCACUUUAAUCUGCCAUUCCAAGUCUACCGCCGGGACUGCAGCAGCUGUGCUGCCAAUUUGUCCAUUUGCCUCGUCAGCGCUGCACAUAACUUACUUGUUCUUGUAUGAAUCUAAUUUAAUCACUUAUACAUAUAUAUAAAUAAAAUUCAAGAAAAAUGUAAGAUAUUGCAUUUUAA